CUUUAAUAAAUUCUCUUGUGUGCAUCAUCCUCGGAGUCCAGCGCUCUGUUUAGGAAGGCGAUAUCUAAUAUUGAAAAAUAAAAAAUGGAUAAAUCCCUUGAAAGCCUGCUUCCAGGAUUUCCAUGGGAAAAAUAUGAGAAACCCAAAAGGAAAAAAGGAAUUAUCUUGAAGAAAAAGAGAUUUGCGGAUGAUAAAAAUGAGAACAACCUCUGGUGUGUAAAAUGUGGAACCAAAAAGGGCAUCCUGAAUAAAGAGAAGAUGAGAAAAGGUGAGGCAUGUAUUUACCGUAAAGGCUUCUUUUACACUCCAUCUAAGUUUGAGAAGCUUGCAGGAAAAGAGUCAAGCAGAAAAUGGAAGUCAUCUAUUUACCACAAAGGAAAAACUCUACGCUAUUGGAUCAAGAAAGGUGACCUAACCACUACAGGAUAUAGACAAAAAAAAAGAAAACGACAAUCAUCAGACCUUGAGUCCCAGGACCUCUUAACAGAACCCAAGGAUCAUGAUGAAGAUGAAGAUGAUGAUGGAGAAGAGGAUGAUGAUGAUAUGGAUGAAGAUAAUGAGCCUGACACUAAGAAAAACGAAGAUGAAGAUGCUACACCGAUUUAUAUCUCUUCUGAAGAAGAAGAAAGCGAGGAAGAUCUUGAUGAAGAUGAAGAUGAGGAUAUGGAUGAAGAUGAUGUUGGUGACGAUCAGCGUAGCACUGAGGAAGAUGAGGAUGAAGAAGAUGAUAAUGAUGAGGAAGAGACUGUGCCUGCUGUUCCCUCUAACCAUACUGACAGCAGUAGUACCAAAGACAGAGUAACAAGUGCAAUUCCAACACCUGGAAAACAUGCAUUACAGAUGAAAGAGAAGACUAGACAUCGUCCUGACAUGCCAAGGUCUGAAGUCAGUGGAAAUAACAGAGAUGUGGCAACAAACACAGCAAUCAAACAGCUGAAUGUUAAGCAAGAACCCAAAGAGAAACUGAAGAAGACAACAACAAGCACAAUUUUGACACCUGUGAAACCUGCACUGAAGAUCGAAGUAAAGGGUGUCGUUAAUAGCCUUCCUGAGAAGACUGGACAUCAUCCUGAGAUUCCAAGAUCUAAAGUCAGUGGAAAUAACAGAGAUGUGGUAAAGAACACAGCAAUCAAACAGCAAAAUGUUAAGAAAGAACCUGAAGACAAACUGAGUCCUUCCUGUGAACCUCUGGCCGUGUCAGAUCAGCAAGAGCAUAAAGCUGUUCACUGCUCUGGCCACAAAGUAGCUGAUUUACAAUCCAUGUGGCCAGAAGGGGGUGCGGACAUAACGGAGGCCCCGUCGCCUGGGCCCUCAGCCAGCUCUGAACCCAAGGAUCAUGAUGAAGAUGAAGAUGAUGAUGGAGAAGAGGAUGAUGAUGAUAUGGAUGAAGAUAAUGAGCCUGACACUAAGAAAAACGAAGAUGAAGAUGCUACACCGAUUUAUAUCUCUUCUGAAGAAGAAGAAAGCGAGGAAGAUCUUGAUGAAGAUGAAGAUGAGGAUAUGGAUGAAGAUGAUGUUGGUGACGAUCAGCGUAGCACUGAGGAAGAUGAGGAUGAAGAAGAUGAUAAUGAUGAGGAAGAGACUGUGCCUGCUGUUCCCUCUAACCAUACUGACAGCAGUAGUACCAAAGGUGACAUUUCCAAUAUAUUUCCUAUUGGUAUGUUUGGAUAA